CGGGGGACCUUUAAGCCGAAGGACGCGCCGGAAGUGGCGGUGGGAAGGAACCGGAAGUUGGUCCCUGCUCCAGCCCAGUGGUGCUGUGCUGCUGCCCUGGGAAGGAAGAUGAAGCUCCUGACCCACAACAUGCUCACGUCCCACGUGCGCGGGGUGCGGCCUGGUGGGGGGUUCCCCCUUCGUAUCCAGGCUACAGAGGUGAAGGUGAACAAUGUGGAUUUCAACCCAGAGUUCACGGCACGGAUGGUGCCCAAAGUGGAGUGGGGUGCCCUGGUGGAGGCAGCCGAGUGUCUGGGUCACCGCUUGGACCUCCCCGCUGAGCCCAUCCCUGGCUACGAGAGCAACGAGGACUUCCUGCGGAAAGUGCAUCAUGUGCUGAUGGAGGUGGAGGUGAUGGAGGGUGUAUUGAAAUGUCCGGACACUGGGCGCGAGUUUCCCAUCACCAAGGGCAUCCCCAACAUGCUGCUGAGUGAAGAGGAGACAUGAGAAGCCGUUGCAUGUUGAGGGAGGGCCGAGAAACGAGAUGUGGAGCCUGCUGUUCUGUUGUUGUUGAGUGUGUUUACCUGUAAAUAAACGUGAGUUCUCACUGGA